CUCUGUUACUUUAUCUAUUGGAUAUCCAAGAAUCAAUUAGUCUCCCAGAUGUUGGAGUGGGAUAGGACCGGUGUCUCGAAUUUAGCCGGAGAGAUAGCUCUGGUGGCCGGAUUUAUGAUGUGGGUCACCACAUAUCCAAAGAUAAGGAGGAGAUUCUUCGAAGUCUUCUUUUAUACUCAUUAUCUCUACAUCGUCUUCAUGCUCUUCUUCGUCUUCCACGUCGGCAUCUCUCAUGCGUUGAUCCCUUUUCCCGGUUUCUACAUCUUCCUCGUUGAUCGUUUCUUGAGGUCUCUUCAGUCACGCAACAAUGUCAAGCUAGUCUCUGCUCGUGUUCUUCCUUGUGACACCGUUGAGCUCAAUUUCUCCAAAAACCCUAUGUUGAUAUAUAGCCCGACAAGCACUAUGUUCGUGAACAUACCGAGUAUUUCGAAGCUUCAGUGGCAUCCAUUUUCGAUAAUUUCUAGUAGCAAACUCGAACCAGAGACGUUAAGUGUUAUGAUCAAGAGCCAAGGAAAAUGGUCCAGUAAGCUUUACGAUAUGCUUUCUUCAUCUUCCUCUGAUCAAAUCAAUCGCCUCGCUGUUUCCGUCGAGGGACCCUACGGCCCUAGUUCCACUAAUUUCCUACGACAUGACUCUCUGGUGAUGGUGAGUGGAGGCAGUGGCAUUACACCGUUUAUCUCCAUAAUCCGUGACCUAUACUACAUGAGUUCAACGCACAAAUGUAAAAUCCCCAAAAUGACCCUAAUAUGCGCCUUUAAAAACUCUUCCGACCUUUCCAUGCUUGACCUAAUCCUACCGACCUCCGGUCUCACCACCGACAUCUCCUCGUUUGUAGAUAUCCAGAUCAAAGCCUUCGUCACCCGAGAGGAGAAAACAUCAGUAAAAGAAUCAACUCACAAUAGGAAUAUCAUCAAAACCCUAGGUUUCAAACCAAACGUCUCAGACCAACCCAUCUCACCAAUCCUCGGGCCCAACUCUUGGCUCUGUCUUGCAACCAUCCUCUCUUCUUCCUUCAUGAUCUUUAUUGUCAUCAUCGCAAUCAUAACGAGAUAUCACAUCUACCCAAUCGAUCAAAACUCGGAAAAGUACACUUGGGCCUAUAAAUCGCUCAUUUACCUUCUAUCAAUCUCCAUUAGCGUGGUGACUACUUCUACAGCUGCUAUGUUGUGGAACAAAAAAAGGUAUUAUGCGAAAAGCGACCAAUCUGUCGACAAUUUUUCUCCGUUGAUCAUCGAGAGCUCGCCACAACAAUUGUUAUCGCAAUCCACCGACAUUUAUUACGGAGAGAGGCCUAAUCUUAACCAGCUUCUAGUUGGUUUACCGGGUUCGAGCGUGGGAGUUCUUGUGUGUGGUCCGAGGAAGAUGAGACAAGAGGUAGCGAAGAUUUGUUCGUUUGGUUCGGCUGAGAAUCUUCAGUUUGAAUCUAUUAGUUUUAGCUGAUGAAUUUUAAAUUCAGAUUCAUGUUUUAUCAUAGAUGUUUGGGUUGCAAAAUGUGUGGGACUAGUACUAAUAUUAAAAUGUGAAGCGAUAA